AUGAGCAGCAGAGCGCAGCAGGGCGAAAAGGGCUCCGAGUCAGCCGCCCGCACGCGGCCUCUGAGCAUCCAUGAGAUCUUGCUGCGGCGGGAGAAGAAGGCCCUCGCAGAGGCUAAGAAGGCCGCCGCGGAAGCUAAGAAGGCCAGGGAAGAGCUCCAGGACAAGGAUAAGUGUAAACCUAAUCACUCGGAGCCGGGAAGAGGGCACAAGAGCAGAAAGGAUCUCAAGGAUGUGCCUGCGGAGGGUUCCAAAAAGGAGAGUGUUAGAGAUGCGUCAAGGGAGGACUCCAAGAAGGAUGAUGUGCGGCGUACUUCUAAGGAGGGUUCCAGGAAGGAGAGCAUUAGAGAUGCACCCUCCAAGAAGGAUGAUGUGAGGCAUGCAUCUAAGGAGGGUUCCAAAAAGGAGAGCAUUAGAGACGCACCAAAGGAGGUCUCCAAGAAGGAAAACUUGAAAGAGAGGCCAAAAGAUGGCUCCAAGGUGGAUGAAUUGAAAGAUACACCAAAGGAUCCAAGGAAGGAUGACCACAGAGAUGCACCAAACAAGGGCUCCAAGAAAGAGAGGUCCUCUGUAAGAGAUGAUAGUCAGUCAGCUGGCAAAGACAAUGAUGCUCGUAAUUCACAUAAACAUUGCACAAGCAUGAGAGGCCGGCCUGCUGAAAGCAAGGAUGGAAACCAUGGUGAAAUCAGAGCAAGAAAUGGUGAUGCGACAAGAUCUGAGUCUCUAAAGGGACCGGGGAAGAGAUGGAAUGGUGAACCUGUUCACAAUGAUAGAAUCAUGGAGAGGAGCGAUAAGCUCCGGAAUGAGGCAAAAAGGAAAAUCCAUGGUUUUGAUGAUGAAAAGCCUUCAUAUGUUGAUCGACCGGUGCUGAAGAAACAUGAUUCCGCGCGAUUCCGAGUUUCCAAACACUAUGACAUAAAUGAUGCAAGGAGAGAGUACGGAAAACCAUACCGUGAAGAGCCCAGGUCAAAAAGGAGAAGGUCAAGAAGCAGGGAUCAUGAUCAAGGAAGACGUGACAGAUCUCUCUCACUAUCCCCAAGGGAACAAAGGCGUAGCUACCAUGGAAAUGAUCAUGACAAUUAUCCUCCUGGAAGGAAGUAUGCUGAAAACGACAGGUACAGAACAUCUGAUAAUGUUGGACAAGGUGGUGGGUCUUACCAGAGAUAUGAAAGUCGGCUUGGUGGCUACUCACCAAGGAAAAGGAAAACAGUGCCACAAGAUGAACAAUUGACUACCACGAUUACCCCACCAGUCAUUCGAUCACCAGAAAAGAAACCAGCCACGUGGGAUCAGCCUCCCACAGCAGCAGACCAAUCUAAUUUCUUCACCAAUUUGCAGCCAAUUGUUAGUCAAACCUCUUCUGUUUCAGUCAGUUUUAGCACACCAAAGCAGAACCCUGCUACUGCGCUUGACACUAUAUUGUCAGGGAAUAGUUCGUCUAUUGAUUCUGUCCAGCUAACACAAGCAACACGCCCACUUAGGAGGUUGCACAUCGAGAAUUUAACUAGUUCAGCUUCAGAGGAUAUGUUGAUUGGUUGCUUGAAUGACUUCUUGCUGUCAUCGGGUGUUAACCGUAUCCAGAGGUCUAAACAACCAUGCCUCAGUUGUACGAUAAAUAAGGAAAAACGCCAGGCAUUUGUUGAAUUUCUUACACCAGAAGAUGCUACAGCAGCUCUUUCUUUUGAUGGAAGAUCUUUCAAUGGGUCUACUCUGAGAAUUAGACGCCCCAAAGAAUAUAUUGAAAUGGCAUGGUAUCUGCUGCAAGAAUUUGCCAGCUGUUUCAUUUCCCCCUUCCAUUUGGAACCUAUUAGUUUAGAAAAUUGCGACUUGAUGUCUAUAAAGUUGAAUGUUGCAAUGGUUAUAUUCACAUUUUUAAGUUUUCUGCAUGGACAUUCUUUGGUAUACUUGCUGUUUGCACCAUUUGACCUAUUUGAGUAUUGGAAAGGGCAAACUGUCCAUGGUGUCAAUAAUGACAUUGCUAUCUACUCAUUUAGCGAUAUGUUUGCCAUUAACCAUGUUGCUCAAAAGAAGCCCGUGGAAGAAGAGAUUAAAGAAGCAUCUGAUGUUGUUGCAGAUUCACCACACAAGAUUUUCAUUGCUGGUAUUUCUGAUGUUCUUUCAUCUGAGAUGCUCGUGGAAAUUGUUAGUUCAUUUGGCCAGUUAGCUGCAUACCACUUUGUUUGUAAUGAAGACCUUGGUGGGCGAUGUGCAUUUCUUGAGUAUAUUGAUCACUCCAUUACAAACAAGGCAUGUGCUGGCCUCAAUGGGAUGAAGCUUGGUGGGUGCAUCCUAACUGCUGUUCAGGUUCGCAAUGAAGCUUCCCCAUUUUAUGGUAUUCCUGAUAGUGCCAAAGCGCUUCUUGAAGAACCAACAAAUGUCCUGCAGCUAAAAAAUGUGUUUGACCAAGAAGAGUUUUUGGCACUUUCAAAACCUGAGCUGGAGGAAAUAUUGGAAGACGUACGCAUGGAGUGUGCAAGGUUUGGAGCAGUCAAAUCCAUAAAUAUUGUAGAGUAUCCUGCUAGCAGUGACAGCAUUACUGAGGAUGUCCUAGUUGAGCCCAAAGAUGAGCCAGUAAAGCUUGAGCCCACUGAAUGUCGUGCCAAUGAUAACUGUGUGGAGACUGGAACAGAUUGCUCUUUACCAAGUAGGAGCAUAGUAGUUCCGUCCAACCCUAUGGAAAUUACAGGUGCUGAGUGCCAGGAUCACAAAGAGCUUGACACACUUCGUGAAUGUGAUGGGUCUGCAGCGGCAGAUCAGUACACCGACCUAGAUGACAUCCAUGCUAGAGCUGCUGGCCCCACAGUGGAUCAACAAACAGAGACCGAUCAUAUGGAUUCUGUGCAGGCUGAUCAAGAUGCUACUGCAGUGGGCGACAUCCAUGCUAGAGCUGCUGGCCCCACAGUGGAUCAACAAACGGAGGCCGAUCAUAUGGAUUCUAUGCAGGCUGAUCAAGAUGCUACUGCAGUGGGUGAGAUCCAUGCUAGAGCUGCUGGCACCACAGUGGAUCAACAAACGGAAGCCGAUCAUAUGGAUUUUACGCAGGCUGAUCAAGAUGCUAUUGCAGUGGAUGACAUCCAUGCUAGAGCUGCUGACCCCACAGUGGAUCAACAAACAGAGGCUUAUCAUAUGGAUCCUCUGCAGGCCGAUCAAGAUGCUACUUCAGUGGGCGACAUCCAAGCUAGGGCUGCUGGGCCCAGAGUGGAUCAGCAAACGGAGGCUGAUCAUGUGGAUUCUUUGCAGGCUGAGCAAGAUGCUACUGCAGUGGGUGACAUCCAUGCUAAUGCUGCUGGCCCCACAGACACAGUGGAUCAAGAAAUGGAGGCUGAUCAUAUGGAUUCUACGCAGGCUGAUCAAGAUGGUACUGCAGUGGACUACAUCCAAGGUAGAGCUGCUGACAUGGAUUCUACACAAACUGAUCAAGAUGCUUCUCCAGUUGGUGAAGAUAGUUUAGGAGAAGGACAUGCAGGCCCAACAACUUUGGAGGCCUGUGGUUCUACUACACCCGUAGGUGUGGUGGAGAAAUCCGAAACUGAGAAGGAGCAACAAAGCGCUGAUGAUGUGAGUGAAAGUGGUGCAGAAAAACUACCCGUUGCUCCAGUUUCAGACACCAUCGUGCUGGAGGCUGGCUCUAUACUGGUGGAGUUCAUGCGGAAGGAGGCUGCAUGCAUGGCCGCACAUUCCUUACAUGGGCGCAGCUUCGGCGACAGGACCGUGUCUGCUGGAUACGCCCCUCAUGCUCUCUACCUGCAGAGGUACCCGAGGUGA